AUGUACUCUUCAACAUUUAAGAAUAUACUCUUCACCGGACUUGAAAUGAAUCAUCCUUCCACAUUGUGUCCCUCUCAAUAUUAUUAUUUAAAACCCAUCACUGAAAUUAUAACAUGUUCACUCUCAACAUCAUCCUUCCAUUCCAUUCAAUCCAUUCCAUAUCCAAUCACUAAAUCCUCUCAAACUCUUUAUUAUUCUCUUCAAAGUUUAUCCAUUCUUGAUUGUUCACAUAAUUCAAUUUUAAAUAAUUUAUUAGAAAAUAAUCAAAUUAAUAUUAAAUUAUUUAUUAAAUUAUUAUUAGAGGAUGAAGAAUCAAAAUAUCAUGGAGAUGAUAAUUAUUUAGUUUAUCAUUUAAAUGGAAUGCAAUUUGAAAUACAACAAUAUUUUACAUCAAGUAUUGAAUUCAUCUUGGAAAUUUUUGAAAUGAAUGAUCCUAACAUUUCACAAAUGGUGAUGAAUCAUUGUAAAGAUAUUAAAUUAUAUUGCAGUGCUCUAUCAUGCAUCAGUUCACCAAUGAUUGAGAGAAAUGAAUCAACUCUUGCCAAAUUUAAUGACACUCAUUGUUCACAAAAUAGUCUAUUCGUUCAUCAUCAUUCAAUACAUUCUGCUUCUAACAUGACUCCAUCGAAUCCAUUGAUUCAUUCUUACAGGACGACUCAUUCUAAUGAUCCAUUCUCUACCACAGCCACAGCCACUACCACUACUGUUGUUGAUUCAUCAUUUAUCUCUCCAACAAUUAAUAUUGAUAAAUACAUGAAACAACGACACAAAUUAUUUUCUAAAUUUGAUCAAGGUAUAAAAUUAGAUACCACUUCAUGGUAUGAAGUUACACCAGAGAGUAUUGCAAAAUAUAUUGCAGAGAAAAUUAAUUCUUUGGGUUUCAAAGUGAGUAAGGAUGAUGAUGAUUCACUCCACAACAACCAUCAUGAAUGGAUGAAUGAUCCAUCCAUUCCUCAAUCCAUUCCUCAAACCAUUCCUCAAACCAUUCCUCAAACAAGAACAACAUCCAUGACUCUAUCCAAUCCUCAAAUAAUAACAACACCAUCAACAACACCUCAAAUAAUAGUAACACCAUCAACAACAACAACAACACGUCCUCUCAACACCAAGAUUAUUGUCAUUGAUGCAUUUACAGGAUGUGGUGGUAACAUGAUACAAUUUCUAUUACAACCAAAUAUAGAUCUAGUCAUUGGAUGUGAUAUUUCUGAUACUAAAUUAGAAUAUUGUAAACAUAAUAUCAAAGUGUAUGGAUGCAAUGAAAGUAAAAUGAAAUUAAUUCAUGGAGAUUAUAUGGAACAUGUUCGAAAAGGAACCUUUUCCAAAAUAAUUCAAGAAUAUUUAAUAGAAGAGAAGAACAAGUUACAAAAUCUCAUCCAAGAAGAAUGUGAAAUGAUCCAUCAUCAAGUAGAAUAUAAAGUCAUUGCAUUCUUAGCACCACCUUAUGGCACCAUGAAUUAUCUCUCUAAUAUUUAUAAUUUAAAAACUGAUUUAUUAAUUAAUAAUAAUACUCAUAAUGGUAUUGAUAUCUAUAGAUAUACUAGAGAUUAUUUAACAACAAGUAUUAUUUAUUUAUUACCAAAGAAUGUGAAUAUUUAUCAAGUGAGUUAUCAAAUGGAAAGGAGUGGUUCAAAUAGAAGUGGUAGUAAUAGUAGUAAUAGUGGUAAUAGCAGUAAUAGUAAUAAUAAUAAUACCAUUAUCAAUGAUCAUAGUACCACUACCGAUCAAGAAUCAUCUAAAUAUCUAGAUUUUGAAUAUAUUUACAUGGAUGAUGUUUAUUUAAAAUUAAUAUUCAUGUACACGAGUGAAUUUAUUGAGCAGCAAAUAGAAUGA